AAUAGGCACUACUAUACAUAAAGACACCGUAUAGCAAAGAGGAGUGAAAUGGAUAGUUAACGUGCCUUUGCCUGUCACAGCGAAGGAGUGGCGUGACACGCCGACUUACCUGCUCCCGAAUCCGCCUUAAACUGUGGCUAACGGGGGAGAAUGAAUGUUGUGACUGGAGAGCAGAAACUAGAGGUGAAGCCCGCUUGAGAGUUUUAGUUAAAGCAGAUCUCUGCUUUAACCCAGGACACAAAAGAUACAAUGGCAACCCAAGAGAAGCAUGGGUACCAGCCUGCUGCUGGUUUGCCACCCCCAUACUUCCCACCCGAGUCAGGAGGGUAUCCUUCAUUUCCCCCGCAACCCACCAAUUUCUUUCCCGUUAACACACCCCAAACCAUGCCUGCUCCCAUCCCUGUAGCUCAGUCAUCAAGAACUGCCCGCCGGCGCAAAGUGACACGGAAAAGAUGCUGCUUGUGUAUUCUGGCCGUCAUCGUCAUCUUCUUGGCUGCCACGGCAAUCCUGCUGUGGUACUUCCUGUCCAAAACAUGUGUCUUCCGUGUGGCCUGUGGUGACGGUUCCUGUAUAAGCACCUCCCAGUGGUGUGAUGGAGUGGAGGACUGCUCGUCCGGGCAGGAUGAAGGCCAAUGUGCUCGUCUCUAUGGUCCUGACUCUGUCCUGCAAGUCUACUCAAGCAGAAGUCAUUCAUGGGAUAUGGUCUGUGCAGAGGGAUGGGACGAUAGCUUUGGGAGAGAUGCGUGUCAACAGAUUGGAUACGAUAGUGGUUUGUAUGUCAGCUCUGGGAACACCAGUCUGAGUGGCAGUCCCAGUAAAGCCUUCUUCAGGUUGCCAGUAUCAGGUUUUGCUUCUGUGAAGAACCCUCUACACAAGCUUCUUGUCAGCAACAUAUCCUGCUCGAACAGCCUUGUGGUUACACUGCAGUGCAUUAAAUGCGGAACGCUAGUGGAUCAUCCGGGGAACCGCAUUGUUGGCGGAACUGUAGCCAGAAAGGGUUCAUGGCCCUGGCAGGUCAGCCUCCAGAUCAAUGGACACCAUGUGUGUGGCGGUUCCAUCAUCACCCCCUACUGGAUUGUGACGGCAGCGCACUGCGUUGAAAAGUAUUCAGAGCCAAGUUACUGGACUGUAUACGCUGGCUAUCUCACCCAGGAUGAAAUGGCCCUUGCUGAUGGGAAGGCGGUAUCUGUUGUCGUAUCCAAUAACUACGACAGUACAACUAAAAAUAACGAUAUCGCUAUGAUGAAGCUAAUGAGUCCUGUGACUUUGUCAGAUGUGGUCAGGCCUGUGUGCUUGCCUAGUCCUGGUCUUAGCUUCAGUGCCCCCCAGGCGUGCUGGAUUACUGGGUGGGGGUCUCUCUAUGAGGGCGGGGAAGUCUCACAGAAUCUAAUGGAGGCUGAGAUCUCGCUAAUAGACAGGACAACCUGCAACCAACCAAGUAUAUACGGCGGAGUGAUCACAGAUACUAUGAUCUGUGCUGGUUAUCUGGAUGGUGGAGUGGAUAGCUGUCAGGGGGACAGCGGGGGUCCUCUGGUAGCGCAGGAAAACUCUCGGUGGUGGCUGGUGGGGGACACCAGCUGGGGCGCUGGGUGUGCCAUGGCGGAAAAGCCCGGAGUGUACGGAAAUGUCACCUCCUUCCUCGGCUGGAUAUAUGAGCAAAUGAAGAAAUAUAAAUGAAGAAUCUGUUGCUUGCACUUUAUAGCAUUAUACUGUACACAGGAAAAAUUAUCUCAGUUAUAUAGUCUUUCAGAUAUUUGGCAGUGUCAUUGAAUUCAUAUGUACAAUCGUCCUUUGGUACUAGAUUGGUUCUAGGACUCCCCAGAACCCAGAAUCUGUGGAUGCUGAAGUGCCUUAUAUGAAAUGGCAUAGUAUUUGCAUAUAACCUACGCACAUCCUCCUUUAUAUUUUAAGUUUAAAUCAUCUCUAGAUUACUUAUAGUACCUAAAAUAAGAUAAUUUUAAAUGAUCCCUUCAGGGGCUCCGUAGAAUAUACAUUUGUGUAAUGCAAAAUUUACAGUCUGAUCUCAUGUUAUUAACACAAAUGAGUUUUCCUACCAAAGUUGGAAAAAUUAGUACAAUGAGUACAAGUUUACAGUUUCAUAACUACAUAGUUCUGUGACCCUGGACUGGAUAAGUGGCUGGAUGAAUAAUUUUGUAACAAAAGGGCAGAAAUGUGUGAUAUUAUGAGAGGGACUUUAUUGACUCCAGGGGGGGAAAUCUUAUGCAUACAGCAGCAAGGGACAAUCAAGCAAGUGCUGACAAACAAAACAAGACUGGUUUUGCUAACUUGACCCUCAAGAACAAUCUUGAGGCGCAAUGAAUCAUGGGAUUGGUAUCAUUCGUCGAGGAUGCGACCCACGUAUCCUUGAUAUUUGGAGAGGGGCAAGAACAACAUCUGGGAUUUUCUUUCCUCUGUGCUUCUGUUCUUGGGUAUUGGAACUGGUCUUCAGCAAUGGCGGAUGACGUAAAACGGGUCAGCGAGAACGCGAGUACGGUCGAGUACACAUACUGAGAAACACCCUUGGUUUUGGAGGAAUUACUGGUUACUGAGAAACCCUCCCAGGCUUCCAAAGGCUUGCAGUACUUUAAUUUCCCACAAAUAUCGAUGAACAGAAAUGUCUGCACUCUUCAGUACAUGGAGAAUUGUGGUUAGGUCACGUCAAAUUUGUGUCCUGUCGCCUUCGACUUAAACGCUUUCAGCGCAAGAGUAGGUGUUCCUCUUUCUAAUAUUCAACUAUUACCCAAAAAAAAAUAAUUCACAAUUUUCAACCAAUGUAAUGCCAGAAAAUAUUUGUCAGUGGGAAAAAAAGAAAUGUAAGAUUUUGGAUCGGGCCUCACAGAAGUAUCCUUAGCAAACACUAAACAAAGACUACUGCAGAGUUUUGAACAGGCAUGGAAACCAGCAAUGAAAAAUCUGUCAGCUUGGGAGUUGCUUCUGUCUUGAGUGACGUUACGUGUACAGAUUUAUGUAAUAUAUUUAAAUAUUAAAAAUAUGUGUAAUUAAAAGCAAUGUGUUUUCCCCCAGGUAGAUUAUUGUUGUGAACUACUUACCAUUAAUAUCCAAACAAUGAAUUGUGCCCACAUUUUGAUAUUUGAGGAUCAUGCAGUACAGUAAGUUAAUUGUUUUGAAGCUUUCAGGAAGAAGUGGUGCCUGUGAGUUAUUCUUAAUGGUCAGGUGUCAUAGAAGCUGAAUCUGGUUUUUCUUGUGGAGAUUUCAAGAGACUCAUUGAGCAGGUGAUUAGUUCAGCAUAAAAUCACUAUACAAUUAUAGCUGUAACCCAGAUGAACGGUAUACCUCAUCAUAUAACAAUUUAUAUAUUUAUUUAUAUAUAAAUGAAUAUUAAGCCCAAUAUAAAAUGUACAGUUCGCUGUGGGUCUAGGAUGUUGCUUUCUGAUAAGUUGUCAGGAGUGUCUCAAGCUUGUGGAUGUUUCUGUACAAAUGCAAAAUGUGAAAAUUUGGAAUAAACAUUUUUGUUUUCAGCAAA